AUGCAAUACGCAGCAUGGGUUCCUCGUCGUUCCGCCGUCCAGGCGACCGGACAUGUCGUUGGUAUCCCUUUCCUAUCGAUGUUGCAGAUUGCCGCAGGACGGGCUUGGACGCGUCACUCUUCCUCGUUUCCCCGACGUGCUCCGGACUCGAAGAAAUCCCAGUCAAAAAAGCGCCCGUUUUCUGCUACCAAGGCUUCGUCGUCGGGCGCACAGCACGCGCAUCAUAACACUCGUCCCGCCUCUUUGCCUUCCAAAUCUCGGCAGUAUGAACGGCCUGGAAAGCGGGUGAUCCCCAAUUUUCCCAAGGAAUUCAUCCCAAAUUAUUCGGUCUCGUACAUGAGUCCUGAACAUCUGUCAGAGCACGACAGUACACUUGAGCCUGGUCGAGCACCACCUAUUCUUCCUGAUGGGUUCAAUAACGAACCGGACUUACCGUGGUAUGACUUGGACAUGUCAUCGUACUCUACGACUGAAUCUAGAGACAACCCGGCGACACCUGUUCGUCGUCUCCCACCAUCCUCCACCCGGAAAGCUCUCUUGAACAACCUUAUACACCUGGCGCAAAGGCGACCCAGCCCAGGCAUUCCAGCCCUCAUCGACUAUCAUGCCCUACACAGAGAGGUGCACUCAACACGGUCCUACAACCUCCUCAUUGAUCUCUCCAUCCGUCACAAAUCAUUCGGCAUCGUACCAUCACUGGUACGAGCCAUGAGUACCGAAAACAUUGACCACAACCAUAUCACCACGAAACUGCUGCUGCGUUGGUUGAUUCAUACCGACCGACGCUCGGAGGCAUGGCAGCUGUUGGAAGAAACUACAUCCUCAUCGGGGUCUGCUUCCGCUCCCUUACCCGUGGACUACUGGUUAGAAUUCUUCCAUUCUUCCCGCCGCACUCCCCUCUCCAACACCGAGUUUCUACAUUUGAUGAACAUCAGUCCAGUCAAGUUCACGGAAAUGACAACACCGCGGGUGAUGUCCGUUGUGAUACGGGCCAUCCUUCGCCUGGGGAAGCCUUCAUAUGCUCUCCAGCUUGUGACGACUUACCUGAGUGCUAUGCCCCGAAAAGUCGAUGCGGUUCUCGCGCGCCAAAACCUCAAGCUUGUCCACCUGGUUGUGUGUUACGGGUCGACGGAGAAAGGCAUAUCGAGAUUUUUCCAGAGCCGACAAACAUUGCAAUCACUUUUAGCCCUCCAUCCGACUCUUCGCCCCACGCCAGCCACGUUGCUGGUCCUUCUUAGCCAACUCUCGCGGUGUAAGCGAGCCGGGAGCAUUGCAUCCCGGAUGGUGGAAGAAUUCAAAGACCGUUGGGGCUGUGAGGUUGAGAAUGCCGAGGUUAGGCAGAGGGUUGCUAGUCUAGCGCUCAAGGACGUGCGGUUACGUGGGAUUUCUCCGAAGAUCUUGCAAACUAUCGAAGAAUCUGCGUCGUCGUCUGGCUCGCAGAGGGACGGCUAUGAGUUUACCGGAUUUCGAUACGUGCCCCAUUUUGGGCCACUUUCGGGUGUCGAGGAACGAAGGCGGUGGAGACGACUGCACCGUCUUUACCGCCGACGCACAAGGGAUCGAGGCGCCACAGAGAAACGAGAGCUGCAAGUUUCUAAACGGAGUCGGGAUGCCGCAGGUCGCCAAACGGAGUCGGGAUGA